GAUGUGGGAGCUACGAUCAGGAUGAUAGAUCAGACAUGGUUUUUGAGGGGCACAAAAAAUCUGAAAUUCUAAAUGUCGUCGAGCAGCAGAAUUUUGUGGUCAGGGUGGCGACAGAGCAGUAAGUGAGCAGAGCAGGGUGGUGCACGUGAGGCCCACUGGUUUGGUUUGUUAAAAUCCCAAACCUCAAAUAAUCAGUGUGACUUUCUCUGUUAGUUUUGGAUCUCCCCGCAGAACGAUCAGUUCAGUUGUAGCUUGUAGGUAGGACGCCGUAUACAAUGAGGCCUCAGAUCGUCUUAUUUGGAGAUUCAAUCACCGAGCAAUCGUUCGGACCAGGUGGAUGGGGAACCGCUCUUGCUAACACUUACUCUCGGAAGGCCGAUGUGCUUGUUCGCGGUUACGGUGGAUACAACACCAGGUUGGCUUUGUUCUUGUUACAUCACAUUUUCCCGCUGGGCUGUGUAACGCCUCCUGUUGCGACCACAGUUUUCUUUGGAGCUAAUGAUGCAGCCCUUUUAGGGCGGAACAAUGAAAGGCAACAUGUUCCUAUUGAAGAGUACAAGGAGAAUAUCAGAAGAAUUGUCAAGCACCUCAAGGAAUGUUCCCCUACCAUGUUGGUAGUGCUUAUCACUCCACCCCCAGUUGAUGAGGAAAGACGCAAAGAGUAUGCACGAUCUGUAUAUGGUAAGAAAACUAUGGAGUUACCAGAAAGGACAAAUGAGAUGGCAGGAGUAUAUGCAAUGCAGUGUGUUGAGCUAGCAAAGGAACUUGGUCUUCCCUCCAUCAACUUAUGGUCCAAGAUGCAGGAGACAGAGGGGUGGCAGAAAAAAUUUCUGAGUGAUGGGUUACAUCUGACUGGAAAAGGCAAUGCUGUUGUGCACCAAGAAGUGGUUAAAGUGUUCAAUGAUGCUUGGCUCUGUGCUUCAGAAAUGCCAUAUGAUUUCCCUCACCAUUCUGCAAUUGACUGGAGGGACCCUGGAAAGGCUUUCCAACAGCAAUGUUCAUAAUACCAUGGUUGUAUUUUCUUUACCAUGGUCAUUUAGAAGUGAUUCUGGUGAUUGUGCUCUUAAGUUGUCAUCUUUGGAUUCUAGAGCAUACAUUAUAGAAGGUUUUUUAGAUAUGAACAUAUGCUUCCAUUCAGAAUAAGUUUGGAUGAGUUCAAAAUACUGAAAUACCCUGUAAUUGCUCAGACUUUAGUAAAAUGGCUCAAAAUUACUGGUGAGAGAAUGUAGUUGAUGAUAGACUUUGAAGGCUCUAA